AAAAGUAUCAUUUGACACCAUUCCUCAACGAUUCACCUCAAAAACGAGUUGACUUUGAUAUGGACAUCACACGCGAGGUGAACGGCAUCGGCCACCGGGCCGGCCUCACCAACCUUAGCCCCACGUGUUUCGUUGCCCCAAAAGCUACCGGCAUAGUCUCGCUCAUUCUUCAAUUCGCUAUAUUGGUGGUUAGCGUCCUAGUCGCCUUAUUCUUCUUCUACCAUGUCGGAGGCUAUGAGUACAUGGGUUGGAAUGAGAACUCCACUAUUCUCGAGCCGAUCUCUCAUGCAAGACCUCUCGACAGCUCCGCACUAGAAGCGCCAGUUACUGUGAGUCUCAUUAAAAGAAGUGAAUUAAAGUCAGUAGCGUAUCGGCUUGACUUCUCCUGUAAUAUAUCAAAAGGGCACGGUUUCACCAGAGCACCUCUUGACACAAAAAUAUUUGAGUCUGGGCCACUCAACGUUUCUCCAGCAGAGGAAGAUAAAGCUGCUCUUAUGGAAAAUGUUGAUACCAAACAAGUCGCUUCCAAUACGAGCAGUCUUCUCAGCAUUGAGCAAGUGCCAAACACAACUAUCUAUUUGGAUUUCCUGGAUGCUAGACUGGAUAUGUUGGAACUUAUACGGAUUUCGACUCUUGUCUACGUGGGAACGUGUAUUUUAUGGCUGAUUUCUAUAGCUCUACUACUACUUUCAAUCAAAUUCGAAAUCCUGGAUAUGGUGAUAGUCAAUGCGAUUUUCUUGACCAUCGCUACCAUGUAUGCCUUCGUUCAUGCAUUAUUUAUUGCUGUUUUACUUUAUUACCAGCGAGAUCUAUCAUGGAGAACUAUGGCUAUAAUUAUUGGUUCAGUAAUUAUCCUAAUAUGCACAACAAUUCUAGGCGGCGUUGCCCUAGCUCUUGUAGUAGGCUGGUACAGAUACAUAGUCUAUAUGAACGAUUCCGAAAAAUGCUUCUGCUUGCAUGGAAUCGUGCAACUCAUCAAGAGGAGAAAACGAACACCCCAGCAAGCCGCUCAAGAGUACGCCAUGCCGCACGUUACUAGGCAUAACGACCUUCCUUACGCAGAUGAAACUGCAGUGAACAAUUUCACUGCCUUUUGAUU